CCGCCGGGUUGCCACUGACGACGACCAGACGAAGACCAUAAUUCGGCGAAGUGGACGACGGCGAUGGGGAAGUCGUACCCGGCGGUGGGCGAGGAGUACCAGAAGGCGGUGGAGAAGGCCAGGAGGAAGCUCCGUGGCCUCAUCGCCGAGAAGAACUGCGCCCCUAUCAUGCUCCGCCUUGCUUGGCACUCGGCGGGGACGUACGACGUGAGCACGAAAACGGGAGGCCCGUUCGGGACGAUAAGGUUCUCGGCGGAGCUCGCUCACGGCGCCAACAACGGCCUCGACAUCGCCCUCCGGCUCCUGGAGCCAAUCAAGGAGCAGUUCCCCACUCUCUCCUUCGCUGACUUCUACCAGCUCGCCGGAGUCGUCGCCGUCGAAGUCACCGGAGGGCCGGAGAUCCCUUUCCAUCCCGGCAGAGAGGACAAGACCCAACCUCCUGAGGAAGGCCGCCUGCCUGAUGCCACAAAAGGUUCGGACCACCUCAGGGAUGUGUUUGGCCACAUGGGUCUCAGCGAUCAGGAUAUCGUUGCACUCUCUGGUGGCCACACGCUGGGGAGAUGCCACAAGGAGCGCUCCGGGUUCGAGGGAGCUUGGACUUCCAAUCCUCUUAUUUUCGACAACUCCUAUUUCAAGGAGCUCCUGAGCGGCGAGAAAGACGACGUCAUCCAGCUCCCGUCCGAUAAGGCUCUCCUCACCGAUCCUGUUUUCCGUCCCCUCGUCGAGAAAUACGCUGCCGAUGAGGAUGCCUUCUUUGCUGACUAUGCUGAAGCACACCUGAAGCUCUCCGAACUAGGAUUUGCGGAGGACUAGAUCGUUCGUCCAUACAUGAAGUCACUUCAGUAAGCAUAUUUCCAAUAAACCUUUCCGAGUGUUAAUGCAUGGAUGUCUGGACACAUCGAAUGUUUCAUAUGUUUCUGCUCUCCGUUUUCCCUUUAUGAAUUUCACAUGAAAAUUCUGAUUCU